AUGAGCACUCCCUCCCGUCACUCACGCUUCCUUCCCGACGUGCGAUCACGCUCCCUCCCCUCCCGUCGCCUUCGCGCAACGCUUCUUUCGCCCCUCUCCACUCCUUUCCGUCGCCCAGCACACUCCCCUCCGUCGCCAAGCUCACUCCCCUCUGUCGCGCUCGGUAACUCCACUUCCGUCGCCCACGCGCACUCCCUCCGUCGCCCACGCGCUCUCCCUACGGUCGUGUGCGCGCACUCCCUUCCGUGGUGUGCGCGCUCUCCCUUCCGUCGUGUGCACGCACUCCCUUCCAUCGUGUGCGCGCUCUCCCUUCCGUCGGUCCGUCCUUUCCCUAUCCGUCCUUUCCCCCAUCCUCUCCUCUCCACUCCCCAUUCGAUCCUCUCCCCAUCCGAUCCUCUCCCCAUUCAAUCCUCUCCCCAUCCGAUCCUCUCCCCAUCCGUCCUUUCCCCCAUCCUCUCCUCUCCACAUUCGAUCCUCUCCCCAUCCGAUCCUCUCCCCAUCGAUCCUCUCCCCAUCCGAUCCUCUCCCCAUCCUCUCCUCUCCCCAUUUGAUCCUCUCCCCAUCCGAUCCUCUCCCCAUCUGAUCCUCUCCCCAUCGAUCCUCUCCCCAUCCGAUCCUCUCCCCAUUCGAUCCUCUCCCCAUCGAUCCUCUCCCCAUCCGAUCCUCUCCCCAUCCGAUCCUCUCCCCAUCCGAUCCUCUCCCCAUUCGAUCCUCUCCCCAUCCAAUCCUCUCCCCAUCGAUCCUCUCCCCAUCCGAUCCUCUCCUCAUCCGAUCCUCUCCCCAUUCGAUCCUCUCCCCAUCCGAUCCUCUCCCCAUCCGAUCCUCUCCCCAUCCAAUCCUCUCCCCAUUCGAUCCUCUCCCCAUCCGAUCCUCUCCCCAUCGAUCCUCUCCCCAUCCGAUCCUCUCCUCAUCCGAUCCUCUCCCCAUUCGAUCCCCUCCCCAUCCGAUCCUCUCCCCAUUCGAUCCUCUCCCCAUCCGAUCCUCUCCCCAUCGAUCCUCUCCCCAUCCGAUCCUCUCCCCAUCCGAUCCUCUCCCCAUUCGAUCCUCUCCCCAUCCGAUCCUCUCCCCAUCCGAUCCUCUCCCCAUCCGAUCCUCUCCCCAUCCGAUCCUCUCCCCAUCCGAUCCUCUCCCCAUCGAUCCUCUCCCCAUUCAAUCCUCUCCCCAUCCGAUCCUCUCCCCAUCGAUCCUCUCCCCAUCCGAUCCUCUCCCCAUCCGAUCCUCUCCCCAUCCGAUCCUCUCCCCAUCGAUCCUCUCCCCAUUCGAUCCUCUCCCCAUUCGAUUCUCUCCCCAUCGAUCCUCUCCCCAUCCGGUCCUCUCCCCAUCCGAUCCUCUCCCCAUCCGAUCCUCUCCCCCUCCCCUCCAGGUGUUUCCAACACCGUCCUCGGCCUUGCGGCACCUCCUCAUCCGGUGUGUUUAGCUGCACCUGGCAUCUGCUUGAAGCUCUGUGGGCAGAUGGUGGCGCGCAGAGUCGCCCAGCAGAGGCCUACGUGGGGCAACCGGAAGCACGUGCUACAGCUACUGCUGUGGCGAGCGUGUGUUUCUGCUCACAAGAGUCACAUGGUGCUGUGCAACGGGGUAAGCUAA